AAAAUGGAGAGUAGAGAGCAUUUUCAGUGUACUAGGUGUAAAGAAUUUGCUUCUAAAAACUACCUGUCUGUUCUUCGUCACAUUGGAUUAGUACAUGCAUUUAAAGCAGAUUUUGAGGUUACGUGUGGUUUAGAGGGCUGCUCUAGAAGUUUUAAGAAGUACAGAUCCUAUAGGAGGCACAUUUUACGUCACCACAAGCAUAUCAUUCAUCAGCAGUCAUUUUUGCAAGCAAAAGACUUGUCAAACAGCGGUGAUGUUGCAGUUGAAACAUCUUCAACAAUUUCAGGUAGUGUUGAAGAUCUCAGUGGCCCUCUUGAUGAAUCCACAACAUCUACUAUUUCUGUGCCACUUUACCAUGAUACUAUUAGUAAGCACAAAGCAGCUUUGUUCCUGUUGAAGGCAAGGGAGUGUUUGAAAAUAUCUCAAACAGCACUUGAUGAGCUUGUUGAUGACAUUCAGUUGAUAUCUCAAACUGAAUUGGAAUCAGUAAGGGAAAAAAUUCAGACCAGUUUUCUUCAGGAAAAUGUAUACCAAUUAACGUGCUACAUUUAGUUAAUUCUAUAUUUGCUCAAUCACAGUCUAAAUCUCUUUUCAGUGGGUUGCACUCAGCUUUUUUACAGAAUAAGUUUUUUGUUGAUCAUCUUGGAUUAGUGGAGCCUACAGAACAAAUACUGGGACAUAAAUUUGCUUUGGGAAAGAAUGGAUCUUUAAAGCGUCAAAAUGAAGUAGCUUAUGACAUCCCUUUUUUUCAGUCUUUGCAACAACUUUUGACAAUGAUGUCUGCUAUUACUCAGAGUAAUCAGAGAUCUGAUGGACUUCUCUCAGACAUCUGUGAUGGUGAACGCUUCAAAACUCACCCUUUAUUUUCACGUGAUGAUAUUAAUUCAUUGCAAAUUUUGUUGUACUAUGAUGAUUUGGAAGUGUGUAACCCUCUGUCCUCACCAACAAAGAAACACAAAUUAGCUAUAUUCUACUAUACCUUAGGCAAUAUUCAUCCAAAAUACCGUUCAAAAAUGACUUCUAUUCAGUUAGUAACCAUUACUAAGUCCUCUAAUUUGAUAAAGUAUGGAUUAAACAAAGUUCUGGAACAGUUUAUGAAUGAUAUACGAAAACUUGAAGAGGGUAUCUUUCUAACAGUAGCUGGAGAAAUGAAGAAAUAUUAUGGUACAAUUUUGCUGAUGUCAGUCUACUGAUAAUCUUGCUGCACAUUUUGUUGGAGGUUAUAAGUCAUUGUCCAGUGCCUUUAGAAAGUGUCGGUUUUGUCUUGCUGUUCGUGAAGACAUGAACAAUAAAUUCAUUGCUACAGACUUUGUAGAGCGUGACCGGCAAACUCAUGCUUAUCACUGUUCACUUCUUUUGGGAUCAAAUUAUAAUCAUGUAGCAACAACAUAUGGCCUUACGGAAGACUCCAUUUUGAAUAGUUCAAAGUACUUUCAUGUCACAGAAGGCCUUUGUCCAGACAUCAUGCACGACAUUUUGGAGGGUUCUCUCCAGUAUGUGGUAAAGGAGCUUUUGAAGUACUUCAUUACUGUAGGGAUUGUAUCGCUGGAGCAAAUUAACAGUAGAAUUGAUUUUUUUAAAUAUGCUUCUUGUGACAGUAAAAACAAACCUGCACCUAUUUCCUCUAACAUUCUUACUUCUUCAGAUCACUCCCUUAAGCAAACAGCAAGUCAACUUUGGUGUUUGGCAAGACUCCUUCCUUUGAUAAUUCAUGAUCUGGUACCAAUGAAUGAAAGUCACUGGGACAACUUUCUUCUUUUACUCUCUGCUACAGACUAUGUGUUUGCUCCAACACUCACAAACGGAAAGGCGUCUUACCUAGCACAUGUAAUUGAAGAUCAUUUACUUCAGUUCAAAGAACUGUAUCCAACCAGUCCCAUCAUACCUAAGCAGCAUUACCUUAUUCAUAUUCCUCAGUGGAUUGUUAGGUAUGGGCCACCAAUACGUUAUUGGUGUAUGAGGUAUGAAGGCAAGCACAGUUUUUUUAAGGAUUUGUCAAGGCGCAUCAAAAACUUUAAGAAUGUACCAAAGAGCUUAGCACAGAGACACCAAAUGUGGAUUUGUUAUUAUUGCCAUUCUAAUUCUAAUUUUAUAACAACUGGUCCAAGUUCACCUAUAACUAUAUCAAACUGGGAGUAUGGCCAUCAUUUUAAAACAUUCUUGCCAUCUACGACUGAUAUUUCUCAAGUUUAUAGAACACCUUGGAUAGAGAUGGGAUACCAAUACAAAAUUGGAGACAUUGUUGUACUAUCAUCUGAUCUUCUUCCAUGCUUUGGUUUGAUUAAAGACAUUGUUAUUUACGAUAGUAUUUAUUAUUUUACAUGUAAUGUAUUGGAAACAGAGUGUUUUUGCCAUCACAAUCACUCAUAUGAAGUUACUUAUCAAUUUCCUUCUGUCACAUCAUUUUGUAACAUUGAUGACUUAUAUGAUUAUCAUCCUCUUGGCUUAUAUGAAUGCAAUUCAAAAUUUUUUGUACCUUUAAAAUAUCAUAUUAUUGAGUCUUUGAGUUAAUAAUGAUCGAUUAAUAAUUUAA